ACUAUGGAGGAGAAAGAAAUGUCUGAUAAUCAGUUAGGACUCAAGGAUUUGGAAGUGAUUUAUGAGAUGGAUACCUUGCAAAACAAUAAUGGGUGUGGAUCAUCGGCAUUUGAUUCUGCACAGUUUGCUGAUUCUGCACAGUUUGCAGAUGCUAAUAUUCCUUUAUUGGAUUCUAGUUCCAAAGAAGACCGAGCCAGCGACCUUCUUUUAGGAUUUUCUAUAUAUACUAUGAGAAGUGAAAUCAUUGAGCAUGCAUUUCGUGGCAUGGAUGAGUUGGCAAAGAUUGGCAUUGCAGAGCAACCUUUAUGGCAGCGACAGCAGGGAAACAGUGGCUGUGAGAUUUUGAAUGAUACUGAAUAUUUGAAGCAGUUUGGUGAGGUUGAUACCAUGCUAAGCGAGAUUGUUAAGUUGAUGGAGGUUGGAGAGUCUCAAAAUUUACCUAGUUUUGACACAUAUCAAACUGAGCAUCCAAUAACAACUACUGUGACUCCCACUGUAACUUCACACUCUGAAGGUUCAAGAGCUAUGACCUAUAUAAACAUGGCACCAAUCUGCAUUGUUGAAUUACUCAUGGAUGUGAAUCAAUGGUCUGAAGUGUUUUACAAUAUUGUCUCAAAAGCGACAAUAGUAGGAACUUUGUUAGGAGGGGAUGGAAGCUAUGAUAACAGAUUGCAGGUGAUGAGCGCAGAACUUCAUUUGCCUACGCCUGUUUUAUUGACCAGGGAGUGUUAUUUUGGAAGGUACAGCAAGCAGUUAUCUCAUAACACAUGGGGGGUUGUAGAUGUAUCAUUGGAGAAAUUUCUUCCUUCCCCGACCACCAAUUUUCGGAAAAAACCAUCUGGAUGUUUAAUUAAGUUAAUGCCUAAUGGACACUCUAAGGUCACAUGGGUGGAGCAUGUAGAUGUAGAAGAUAGUCAAGUGGACCAAUAUUUCCAGUCUCUAUUCACCUCCACUCUAGCUUUUGGCGCAAGCCGUUGGAUUAAUUCCUUAAUUCGAUAUGGUGAAUGGUUACAAAGACUAUUCGUAACACCGUUGGUUGCUGAAGAAGGAGUUUUUAUAGCCCAAAUGGGGAGGACCAGUUUGCUGCAACUGGCAGAUAGAAUGAUGAAAACAUUUUGUGGAAACAUGAGUUCCACCGCAGACAAUCCAUGGACCCAAAUGGCUCAUUCCCCAUACGUAAGAAUCAUGGUGAAGAAUAACAUGGAAGAAGCUGGAAAGCCUCCAGGUACAUCCGUCGUUUUCACAACUUCUGUUUGGCUUGAUGUCUCCCGGAAUCGACUGUUCAACUUCCUCCGCCAUGAGAAUUCCAGAACCAAGUGGGAUUUACUUUCACAUAGACAUACUAUUCGAGAGUUUGCUUCAAUGCUGAAGGGUGAAAAUCCAGGAAAUCGUGUUUCCCUGAUGAGAGCCCAUAAUUCACAGGGCAAGCUUGUAAUCUGUUUUCUGCAAGAGAGUUACACAGACUCAACAGGUUCGUAUAUAGUGUAUGCUCCACUGGAUGCGUCAGCUGUGGCAGCUCUUGUACACGGAGCCAACCCUGACAAAGUGAUGAUCCUACCAUCAGGGUUUAGCAUUCUUCCUGAAAGGUUGCAAGGAGAUGAAGAUAGAAACAGUCGAAGUCUUCUAACUAUUGCAUUCCACAUAGUUGAAAGUACCACUAGUAAGCCAUAUCUCGCUCCUGAAUCAAUCGAAACCAUAUACAAAGUCAUUUCAGAUACUGUUUACUCUAUAACAAACUCAGUGCUGUAUCAUAAUCAUCGCAAUAAUUGGAUGGAUGAUUCAAAUUUCUAG